UCACUCAGCAUCAAUGUGGUCCACUCCGGCCCGUUCUAUCAUUCGAAAAACGCUUUUUUCCCCUUGGCCGGGAUGCCCCCACUAUGUUUACAUAAUAUUCGAAUAUCUCCAAGGCAUUUUUUCGUCGUAAUGGAAAUAGAAAUAUUGUGCGUAUAAAAUGCAAAAAUAUGAUCAAAUUAAUGAACAUAACAAUUAUUUUCUUGUAGAAUGAAUUAAAAUGUCGUUUUUCUGACUCAUGUGAUGUUAAUCUUGAAACACGACGACAUUGUACUUAUUGUCGUUUGAAAAAAUGUUUUUCAGUGGGUAUGAAAAAACAAUGGAUUCGUACAGAAGAUGAAAAAUUAAAAAAACGUCGACAAAUUGAAAAUAAUCGUCGAAUAAAACAACAAAAAGCAACUCAAUUAAUAUCAUCAAUAAAUUUAUUACAUGAUGAUACAUCAAAAUUAUCAAUGGAUGAAUGGACACUUUUAAAUAAUAUUACAUAUUCUUAUGAUCAACGUGCAUGUAUGUCAACUAUUGCAACAUUAACAUUAUCAUCAUCAUUAAUAACAGUAAUUAAAUUUCCUGUACAUGGUUAUGUUAAUUGGAAAUUAAAUGUUAUGACCGAUUUAUUAGCCUAUUUUAAAUUAAUACCGGAAUUUCAACAAUUAAGUUUAGAUGAUCAAGUUUUAUUAACAAAACUUAAUUUAAGAAUUAUAUUACCAAUGAAUUAUUGUCUUAUACAUUCAGUAAUAAAACAAUCAAGUUAUAUUCAAACAAUUAUAUUAAUUAGUGAUAUUGAUUCAAAUAUAAUUCGUUCAUCAACAGCUAUAGCACAAACAUUUAAUUCAUUUAUUCAAGAUCCAUUAAUAAUGAAAUUAAUGUUAAUUAUACUUUUAUUUACAACAAAUUUAUUAACAUUAGAUACAACAAUAUCUUUUGAAUUAAUACAAUUAAAUUAUAUUCAACAUGUACAAUUAUAUUAUACACAAUUAUUAUGGACUUAUUUAACAUAUAAAUUUGGUGAAUAUGAUGCUCAAGUUUUAUUAAUGAAACUUACAUUUAAAUGUUUAAAAAUGCAGUACAAUGUAUGUGAAAUAUAUGAUUUUAUUCGAAAAAAUGUUGAUAGUGAUCGUGUACAACCAUUGGUGAAAUGUAUUACACAUUUAUAA